AUCAGUGAAAAAUCGAUAGAUAGAUCAGGCAAUAUUGGAGAGUCUUCAGUUCAGUUCUCGUCGUCGUCGUCGAUCUCAAUCGAAUCCAUAGGUAAUAAAGCAACGUUGAUCGGCUCUCCGGCGAAUGGAGUACGAUUUCACUAAACGCUCCGGUUCCGGAAUGCCGCCGUACGGCAGAGUUACAUCGGCGGAUUCCACUCCCAAUUAUGGUCAACCUCCGUCGCUCUACCCCAGGGUCGGCGUCACCGCCUCUCAUUCCGCCGCCGCGGCGCACUCCAGAAAUCCUCCGCUCCACCACGCUCCUCCCCCACCGUCAAACUCAUCUGGCGUGGGAAUUAGGGUUUCGAUCAAACCGGAGUAUCGGAUAAGCGCACCGCCUCCAUUGUUGCCACAAUUGGGAGAGAUUCCUCGAAGUAAUUUCCAUUUCGAUUUCGAGUUCGAGAGGAAUGUUCUAGCGGAAGCAGUAAAGGAGAAUCCAAACUGGAGCAAGCUAGGGAUUGACAAUCUUCCCCCAAAGGCAACUGAAACAUCUUCAUCUUCUCAUGGUUCUUCAACAGAUCCUGUGGUGAGCAAAUAUAUAGCUGCAGGUCUCAGCAGAGAGGCAGUUCCACUUGCAGUUGCUAAUUACGGAGACAAUCCCACCAAGGUUAAGGAGUUCGCCAAUGGAUAUGCACUUCUACGCGAAAUGGGUUUCUCGUCAGACAAAGUUGUCGAAGCCCUGAUGAUGUAUGACAACGAUACAGAGAAGGCGUUGGCCUAUUUCCUCAAUGGCUCAUCUUGAGAUGGAUGUCACCAUUGGUAGGUGCACUUGUGGGUGUAUUGCUAUCAAGUGUAAUGAGCAUGAUUCACGAUUACAGUGUCAAGAAUUUGCAGAAACUUUUUUUAUUAUCUGUGUUCUUUUGUUCUUUUGGUGUUUUUUCUUUUUCAGUGACAUAGAUAGUCUCAUAACUUUGAGGCUUUUCUGAAUUUCGAAAAUUUGAAUAUAGUAAGAAGGUUAGAAAUUGAUAUGA